AUGCAAAUUUGUUCAAUAGUAUUGUGGCGUAAUAAUAUUGUCACUAUUAAAUCUAAAGGCAGUCUUAUGAUUAUUCAUUUAUUACUACUAUUAUCAUUUCUUAUCUUUAACGUUCAAACAACAGAACAGCAACAAUCGAAUUCUGAUUCAUCAAGUAAACAAACUCAUCCACGUGUCGAUCAUAACGAAGUACAAUUAUUUCAGCAAAAUAAAACAAUUGGCUCGCGAUCGCGAAAUCAGUUUUUAAUAACAACUAAACGGAUAGUUCAACGUAAGAAACAGAAACAUAAUUACAACAGAGUACAGCAAACGUCUGAAAAAAAAGCUAAUGAAUUUAAUGUGAUACCAGAAGGAAUAAAUUAUCCAAACGAUACAAGUUUACAUGCAUCGAGAAAUCAAUUAGAAUCAUUUAUAAAUGUAUUAUUUAGACUUUUACGCAUGGAAAAACCAUCGAAUAUAUCUGCUUUUUCGGUUGAUAGUAUUUUCAAAGCAAAGAUAAUGAAAUUAUCAUAUCAACAUAGGUUUUCACAACAAAACGAAACUGAGACUAACCAAUAUCGGUCACACCACGUAUUAUCAAGAAAUAAAUGUUUACCAUCAAGUCCAUGUUGUAGACGUCCAUUAACAUUACAUUUCAAUGACUCACAUUUAUUAAAUUUCAUUUUGUAUCCACGUGUAUUAGACAUUGGCGAAUGCGUUGGUCUAUGUGGUUUUUCAUCAGUGAACCAGUUAAAAAUAACAAAUUCAUCACAACAUAAUUUAUCAUCAAUAAAAGAACAACAUAGUGGUGUUAAUGACAGAUGUUGUUCAUUUUCAAGAACAGGCGGCUUAGAAUUAUUUUUUGCAACGGAAAAGAAAUCUGUUGUUCAACUUUUUCUGCCACACAUGAUUAUUGAAGCAUGUAGGUGUUCAUCAGCGUUAAUUGUUUAA